AUGAACAUUCGUCGCGGUCAUUUAAUCCUGUACCUUUCCGUUAUCGGGUUCGCGGUUGCCGUAGAUUUUCCACCGGCUGUGAGUCGUGUUUCCUCGCAACGAAGCAAACCAUUCCGGGGCGAAAUGAAGCGUUCGCAGAAGCUGGUACCGAAGCAAGCGAUCCUACAGUCGGUGGGCAAAAGAUCACACGCACAAGGGGGACUAAUUCCACUCUCGGAGGAGUUGGAGAUGGUGGCAGCGGUAGACCCGAUCGUUGCUGAAGUUGCAGCCGGCAAGACGAAAUCAAAGAAUUCUUCCGAUCGUUCCAUGUCCCCGGUAACGAACGAAUCGCCCACAAACACUUCCAUUCCUGCCAUCGCAACCACGGAAAGUGAUAUGUUUCGUUCGUACAUGGAAACACACCGUAAGAAAUAUUAUGCCAAGUAUCGUGCCCAGCGAAGACGGUCCGCCUACCUGGACAAUCUGGAGGAAAUCAAGCAGCACAACAAAGCUUUCGAGAAAGGUAGCAAUCGAUUCCGCAUGGCACCGAAUGCGUUCGCCGACAUGAACAACAGUGAGUACCGGAAGCGCUUGAUACGGUUAAAAAUGGAUCCACACCGUAAGGUAAAGUCGGACAUAUCGGAUGAGAUUGUCAGCUCAAGCAAUGAGCUACCCGAGUCAAUCGAUUGGCGCGAGAAAGGCUUCAAGACUGGUCCGGCCAACCAAAAGACUUGCGGUUCCUGUUACGCCUUCAGCGUGGCGUACGCCAUAUCGGCCCAGCUGAUGAAACACAUCGGGCGGGUGGAGAUGGUGAGCGAGCAGCAAAUGGUGGACUGUUCUACGGCUACCGGAAACUUGGGUUGCGGAGGAGGUUCACUGAGAAACACGUUAAAAUAUCUCGAACAGGCCGGUGGAGUGAUGCGUGAGGUGGAUUAUCCGUACACGUCUUCGGUAAGUUUAGAUGAAAGGAAGCGGUGCAAAAUGUGUGGGAACUGCGAAUACGAUACACCGUACAAUACAGCCAUCAUCGAUCGGGUUUCGCGCCGACGAAACCAACUGUCGAUAAGCUUCGUGAUUGCGUGCCAAAACCACUGUCGUCUGGAAGUUUUGCAGGAUAAGCAAGGUUGA